AUGUUCCAUCUCAUCUCUGCUCUCGCGGCGCUCGCGCCACUCGCCUUCGGGCAGACCUGCUCCAAUUAUGGCAAUACAACAGGCAGCUCCUGCCUCUGUCCGCCGGGGUUCAACCCGACUGGCGUGAGCCCGCAGACAUGCAGAACGAGUGGGCUGGGGAAUGUCAGUGCGGGGAGUUGUGGUUGCGCGUCGGGGUUCACGGGGCCGGGAUGUACAGUAUGUACAGCCGCGUCUGCCUGCCAGUCCUCCCUCCAGACCAUCCUCGCGUCGAGCGGGACCACCUCCACACCCGGCCUCAAUACCUCUCUCACCUGCAAUACCCUUCCUACCGUCUACUCGGAAUCCCAAAUGACGUGCAAUGUCAUCCAAGGAACUCUUCAAGGCGUCUUCCCAGGAACGUCGAUUCUGACCAUCUCGCGAUCGCUGAAUGCUUCGCUCACGCCGGGCGGGACGUCCGCCCUCCGGUCCGCAGGAUUGACAUAUGGCGACGGCGUGGGAUGGGCACAGCUGUGGUAUGACGGCGUGGAGCAAUUUUACUGCUCGGCGAAUAGCUGUGCGCAGACUACGAGCUCGAAUGGGAGUACAUGGGUCUGCGGUGGGCUCAGCUGUACUUGUCGGCCAAACACGACCUUCUGCGGCGGGUCGACGUCUCUCGACUUGACAGGCGUAAUCAACACCCUCAGCGGACCGCUCACUAUCGCCUGUCCCGGCGGAGGACGCUGUACCUUCAAUCAAGCCCUCCUUCAAUCCAUCUUUGGACCGGAUGGCCUCGAACUCUCGUCCUGCUCUCACGGCGAGUGCGUGCAGCAAUACGUCGUAGACCAGGCAGCCGGCAUCGUUAGUGCAUCCUCCUCCUCAGCCUCUCUGGAUCCGGGCGUCAUUGCCGGAUUGGCGGUAGUGGGCGUCAUCAUCCUCGCCAUCAUCGGCCUCAUCAUCUGGGCUUUCCUCGCGCGCCGCAAGGCUCGGCGGAAUAUGCGGACCGACGGCGCCUUGCCGUCUUCGGGCGGAGUGGGCGUGGCGUGGUCUGGAGUUGGGUACGAGGUGAAGAGCAUAGCUUCGAGCUCAAACAAGCUCGUCAAUUGGGCAAAAGGAGCGGGUAAGACUGCACCAUCAGCGGAGGACGGGAGCAAGGUGGGUAAGGGAGGUGGGAAGGUCAUUCUCAGAGAAUGUGGGGGAGCUCUACCGGCUGGUGACUUCUGUGCGAUUCUGGGCCCGAGUGGGGCCGGGAAGUCGACAUUGGUGGAUGUGCUGGCGGGGAAGCGGAAAGCAGGGAGGGUAGAGGGUACCGUGCGAUAUAUAAAGGAAGAGGGAGGAAGGAGAGUGAAGAUUGGCUAUGUCGAUCAGUCUGAUGUUCUAUCUCCAACAUCGACCGUACUCGAGACUCUCCUCUUCGCUGCGCAUCUCCGUCUACCCGAGAACGUCCCUGUCUCCAUCAAGCAAGAACGCGCACAGACCGUCCUUGCCCAGCUUGGCCUACAGGAUGUCGCGCACACCCGGGUCGGAUCGGUUGAGCACCGCGGUAUCUCCGGCGGAGAGAUGCGGCGGGUUUCUAUCGGUGUCGAGCUCGUCGCCGCGCCGGACGUGCUGGUUCUGGACGAGCCUACUUCCGGUCUCGACUCGGUAUCCGCCAGUCGGCUGAUCAAGCUACUGAAGAACCUGUCGGAGACGGAGAAGACAACCAUCAUCGCCAGUAUCCAUCAGCCCAGCUCAGCGCUGUAUCACUCGUUCGACCAGGUCUGCCUCCUCGCUGGUGGGCGACAGCUAUACUUCGGUCCGGGCGGGAACAGACCUGCCGACUUCUUUGCGCAGCAGAACAGGCCCUGUCCUCCCGGAUACAACAUCGCGGAUCACCUCUUGGAAAUCGCUAGUACAUCUUCCGAGGGUUUGCUCGAUGGUCCUCAGGUGCAAUUACCCGGAUCUGCCCCGCUGCAUCAACUAUCGACAUCCUCUUCCCACUCUGGCACUCAUCACUCGACAGAUCGGAGCGACAAGGACCUCGUCGAUACCCCCGGAGCCGAGAAGAAUCUCCAUCUCGGCUCGUACCCACCCCCCACUCUCCGGCGGAACGGUCCCUCGGAUCAGCGCGAGCUCAACCUCUCUGAUCUCGGGGACGAGAACGCUCAGACCCGAGACAAGGCACGCUGGUACACCCCUCCACACACGCACUGCGCUACGACAUUCCUCACGCAGAUGGAAGUGCUGUCGGGGCGGGAAUGGCGGAACCUCAAGCGCGACAAGACACUCCUGGUGGCACAUGUGUUCUUUGCGUGUCUGUUGGGCGUGUUUGCUGGUGGACUGUACUAUCAGGUCAACUUGACUAUUGCGGGUUUCCAAAAUCGCGUCGGGAGCUUGUUCUUCUUGGGAUCGCUUAUCGCUUUCUCGUCGCUCAGUGCGCUGUACAAUCUUGUCGAGGUCCGGGCGCUCUUCCUCCGGGAACGAGCUGGGUCAUUCUACAGCCCGUCUUCAUGGCUCUUGACCAGGCUAUUGUUCGACGUCAUCCCGCUUCGUCUGAUCCCAACCAUUCUUGUCGGAGUCAUUGUCUACUUUAUGGUCGGACUGUCGCGGAACGCAGCCGAGUUCUUCAAGUUCCUCCUUAUAAUCGUCGAGUUCUCGCUCUGCAUGUGCCUCUUUAAUUUCCUGCUCGCUUGCGUAUUCCGGCAAGGCGGAGUCGCCAUCCUCGUCUCCAGUCUGUGCAACUUGUUCCUCAUGACAUAUGCCGGCUUCUUCGUCAACCUCGGAAACAUCCCUCCUGUACUUCGAUGGCUGCGAUACUUCUCCACGCUAGGAUUCUCACUGGAAGCUCUGGCUGUCAACGAAGUAGGAUCAGGCCUGAAGAUCAUCGACAACUUAGCGGGAGUACCAGUCGAGAUAGGCGCACAGGUCAUCAUGGAAACCCUGUUCGGAUUCGCCCUCAACAAUUACUACCGGGAUGUGCUGGUGCUAUUCGCCUUCAUCGCUGGGUUCUCAAUACUACUAGUAGGGACUAUUGUGUAUAUACUGAGGGAGCGGAGAUGA